CCCCCCCAAGACCAGAUCAAAACAUCAUCGCAAUGCCUCCCAAGCGAAUCUACGGCGAAAAGGGCGGACGCCGCGCGCCCAAGGGCUUCGUUGCGUCAACGUACGACACACUGACGAAUGCCGAGAACGCCGCCUUUGUUCGCAGCAUUGCCAUCUUUGGCGCCGCCGUUACCUUUCUCUCCAGCUCAUGGGGCGAGAUCCUGCUGCCUCCUCAAUAAGCGAUAGGCGCUCUUCCUACGAAUUCUCACGAUCCAACUUCAAUGAAAAAAUAAAUCGACAAAAUUACUCAACAUCAAGGCUUCAUACGAAUGAGUCAGUGUACAAUAGAAGGGCGAUGUCAGGGACCUCGCAGCUAUCCCGCAGCUAUAACGCCCUCCAUACCUUACCUCUAUCAAGAAUGCAGCCGCUUUGCUCCUGGGAUGCAACUCCCUCGCUGCUAGUACGCAAGGGAUGCUAUUCUAAAGAAACGGGCAUAAGGAAAAACUAUAAGAAGGCAUAAUAGCUACUAGAAAGAAGAUAGGUCAGAGAUUAAUAAAGUCCCUUGCCAGC